AUUAACACCAUUAUUGAAGUUGCUACUUACAUAUUACAAGUUUGUUUGAGUGACUGAUUUGUUAAACAUUUUCAAGUUACGAGUACUUUACUAUUGUCAUGUUAUUGUUAACGGUGUUCGUUUUGGUGUUUUGUUCAGUAAGAUGCGGCUAUGUUGGAGAAAAUUAUAUUAUCGAUAAGCCAGACUACGAUGCCCCGACAGCUGAAGACACACCCUUCAAAGUAUACUGGAACGUUCCAACGAAACAGUGCAGAUCCCGAGGAAUACCUUUCGAUAACUUGUUGAAAAAAUUCACGAUAACUUAUAACAAAAACGAUAGAUUCGAAGGCGAAACUAUUACAAUUAUUUAUAACGUGGGCAUUGUACCAUCUAUUUUAAAAAGUAACGGUGCAAAGUUCUCCGUUUUGAACGGAGGAGUGCCACAGGAGGGAAAUUUAGAGGAACAUCUGGCUGCAUUUAGAGAAACUGUGGUUAGAUUAAUUCCUGAUCCAGAUUUUAAAGGUAUCGGUGUACUAGAUCUAGAACAGUGGCGUCCAAUAUACCGCCAGCAUUGGGGUACACAGGCAUCUAACAUAGAUUUGUCAUUGAGUAUUGAAAUGAGGAAAUAUUGGUGGUGGCCCACGAAAUGGCAAAAGUUGGAGGCAGAAAAACGUUUUGAAGAUGCUGCAAGAAAAUUUAUGGAGACAACACUAUACACCGCAAAGCAAAUGCGACCAAAAGCGGCCUGGGGUUAUUAUGGAUUUCCAUAUUGUUUUAAUAUGGAUAAGAAUAAUAGGAAUGAGCAAUGUGCAAAAUAUGUUAAUGCUGAAAACGACAGAAUUUACUGGCUAUGGGCAGAAAGCACCGCUCUCUAUCCUUCAUUAUACUCUGAAUCCUGUUUGACAACAUCCGAGCUUGAAAAGCUAGUGUCAGGCCGACUCACCGAAGCCAAUAGAGUUAAGGGAUCAGAUGACCUGGUACUACCUUACUUUGCGCUUACUUACAGAGAUGGACCGUUUAUUAAAGAGAGUGACGUGGUCGCGACGUUUAAUGUUUUACAGAAAAAAAACGCUUCAGGCAUUGUUAUUUGGGGAGCUUCAAACGACGUUAAUACUGCCGACAAGUGCAACCACUUAUACGAAUAUGUAGAAACAAUUUUCGGCCCUAUCGCUCAGAAAUAUAUACAGAGAAUUAAUAAAAAGCGUCAGGACGAAUCAAAUAAACGUCAACUAAAUACCGAUAACUACAAAUCUGAUAAUACAUCUAAAAGUGCCAACGUAACUUUUAACCAUUUGACAUCAUCAAAUAAUACUAAUAAUACAAAUGUACUGUUUACUGAAAACAGUACACAAAAUAAUAAUGAAAGCCUUUCUAUACAAUCUACAACAAAUUCGGCUUAUCCUGCCACAACUACCAGUUAUCAACAACGUAACAAAUAUUAUUACGAGGUGGAUGGCAAUAAAACAGAGUUUAACAGCUUCAAUGAAAGUGACUUUUGGAGUAUAAUACCAUUUAAUAAAACUGAUACUGGUAAAGUGAAUCCUACCGUCGAUAAUUCAACUCAUGAUAAAGACGCUCUGAUAACUUUCGAAAUUGUAGAAAAUACUAGCAGUCCAAAAUAUGAAACAAAAAAUAAUGUUACAGAAGAUAAUUCACAACUCGUUAAGCAAGAAAAAUCUACUCAAAUCACUAUGACUCUUAAAACUCAAGCAAUAAAUCGUAGAGAAAACGUUUCUGAGAACUUCAUGACAUUAUCUGCAAACCUUACUAGAUCUCAUACGUUACUAAAUGAAAGUCAUGAAGAAAACGAUAAAACAGUAAUUUAUAAAAAUGUAACAGGAAAAUAUAUUGAAACUUUAAAAUCUCCGAGCAGCUUGGAAUUCUCGUUAUUAUCAUCAACCACAGGUUCAAAAGAUAUUUCGCCAGAUAAAAUAACUACCAACUCUACAAAUCUUAGUACAGAAACUAAAGAAAAUGGUGUAGAAAACUAUUUGAUAACAUCAGCAGUAGAUUUUACUACUCCUAAUUAUCGUUUACUGAAUAGUAAUGACAGUAAAAUCAGUGUUUUACAAGAUCUUAACGAAGACAAUUUAUUCACUAGAAAUUCUACAUAUUUUAGCACUGAAAAAUCAAUAACUAAAGAAAAUAAUGAGAACGACUAUUUGAUAACAUUAAAAAUAGAUAUUACUAGUUCUAACAAUACUUCUACAAAUGAGUAUGACACUAAAAUCAAUGUAGAAAAUAUAAAACCUGCAGGCAAUUUGGAUUUUAUGUUCAUACUACCAAACCAUACUUUAAAUGAUAUACAAGAUGUUAAACAAGAAGCUCAAAACACUACGUAUCCUAACGUAAAUACGAUAGAUAGAGUAGAAAGUGAUGAUUCCGACAAUUUAAUAGUAUUAGCAAACUUUAAACCUAACAAAACAGAAAUGAACAGUAAAGAGCAUGACACAGAAAUAGAUAUUGAAAAUAUAAAAUCUGGUAGCGAUUUACAAUUCAUAUCACCGUCAACAACCAAUGAGCCAAAAGAUAGUUCCCAAUAUGAAAAUGAAGACGAAUUAAUGACUACAAACUUUACUUAUACUAGUAAUGAGGCAUUGGAAAGGGAAAAAAAUGCUAUAGAAGACUAUUUAGUAAAAAAUACAGAAGAUUUUACUACACCUUUUAAUACUUCACUGGUAUUUACAAAACCCAAACCACCACCACCAAACAAUGUUUCGAUUGAUUUACAAAAACUUAUACAGGAAGAUAAGACCAUACAAAAUACAUCGGAUAUAAACACAAAUUCUAUUGAUACUAGAGAAAGUAAUAUUCCCGACAACUUCAUUACGAUAAACUUUACUUGUUCUGCUAGUGUACUAACGAAAGACAAUGGCACAGAAAUAGAUGUUGAUACAACAAAAUCUGCAAGCAGUCUAGAAGUUUCUUUACUGCCACCAAACAACAACUCAAAUGAUAUUUCAAAAGAUAUUUCACAAUAUGAAAAUGAAGACGAAUUAAGGACUUCAAAUUUUACUUACACUAGUACUGAGGCAUUGGAAAGGGAAGAAAAUGCUAUAGUAGACUAUUUGGUAACGAACACAGAAGAUUUUACUACACCUUUUAAUACUUCACUUAAAACUAAUGAAAGUGAAAUUAAUUUUAAAUAUAUAGCGGGCAAUCUAGAAUUUACAGGACUACCAUCAAACAACGUUUCGAUUGAUUUACAAAAACUUAUACAGGAAGAUAAGACCAUACAAAAUACAUCGUAUAUAAACAAAAAUUCCAUUGAUACUAGAGAAAGUAAUAUUUCCGAUAACUUAAGUACAAUAGACUUUACUAGUUUUGAUAACGUACUGACGAAAGAAAACGACACAGAAAUAGAUGUUGAUACAACAAACUCUGCGAGCAGUCUAGAAUUUUCUUCACUGCCAACAAACAACAAUUCGAGUGAUAUUUCACAAUAUAUUAAGCAACAUAACUCUUCGUAUUUUAGUAUUGAAGCUUCAGAAAAUAGGGAAAAUGGUGAACACGACAAUUUAAUAACAUUCGCAGCUGACUUAACUAAUAUUAAGAAUAAAACACUAAAUAAGAAUGACACAGAAAUAAACUUUGAAAAUGUAGAAUCUUCGAGUACACUACAGUUUUUGCUACAAAACUUAACUCCAGAUGAAUUAUUUACUACAUAUCCUACCGCAGAUGAAAUAAAAAGUGAAAAAAGUGAUGCUCACAAUGUACUACUGCAGCAUAACACAGAAAUAGAUUUAACUUUGCAGCCGGAACAAAAACUAAAGAACUAUUAUUAUGACGCUGAUUACAACAAAGCAGAGCACAAGAGUUCGAAUAACAAUGACUACUGGAAUAUAAUACCUUUUGAAGAAACUACUGCCGAAGACGUAGGGUAUAACAUAAAUGCAUCAAGUAAUGACAAUGACACUAAAACAACUUACGAAGUUCAACAACAGUGAGUAGUCCCACAUCAGGACAAUAUUUUAGAAGUUAAUUUCCAAAAUGUCAAGGAAAACGAAAGAUUCAUUUAAGAUACUAUUUGUCUUAACAUUGAAGCAAUAGAAAGUAAAAGAAACGGUAUUAUUUCUUAAAAUUUUACCAUAUAAUAGACUUAAGUUAGUCUUAAUCAUACAUUGCGGACAGCAUUAAGUCAUUAUAUUGUUUAUUUUUAAUAUUAAACAAACAUAUUAUAUUUAGGAUCUUUUAUUAAACUAACAAGUAGUUCCUGAGAAUAGCACGUUCAAUCAAACAAACAAACAAACUCUUCAGCUUUAUAAUAUUAGUAUAGAUUACAAAUGAAAAAAAGAAUACUUCAAUGGGUCAUUUUGGGUCCAGAUUUCUUUGGAGAUAAGAGCCAGACGCAUCGCGUUACUCCAAUGCGCGUUGGAGAACUUGCUUUUUAUUAUUAUGUAUUACAAGCGGACGCCCGCGACUUCGGCCGCGUAAAAAUCGGUGUAAACUUUCUUUUUCUAUUUAACCCCAAAAUGUUUUGUAUGUAUUAACAUUAACAUUUAUUAACUAUAAAUAUAUUAGUCCGUAAGUUAACAUAUAAAAAUAUGACAUAAGACAUGAACGAUUUAUAUUAAAAAAUCUUGUAACCCCUUUUUAACCCUAUAGGGGUAGAAUUUUGAAAUUUAUCGAAUCACAUAAUUUUAAGCAUGUUUCUAGUAAUACACGCACCAAUUUUUAAAAUGUGUUAUUUACCCUAUUUCACUCCCUUCUAUUUUUAUUGUGUGGUAAUUAUAUGAAAUCAAUAUAUUCAUUUAGCCGAACCGCUUUUUAACUCAGUGGUAAAAUUUUAAAAAUACUUAAAUCGCAUUAUCUUUAUAAUUUUUCUGGCAGUACACAUAGCAAUUUUUAUAAAUGUAACAUAAUAAUUGAGGGACUUUUCUUUCUUCUGUUAUUAUUUUCACAAUAGAUACUGUUAAGGUUAAUUUAAAUUCAUUCAGUCGACAAAAUAAUCGGCAGAUAAGCCGACCGACAAAAAUUAAAAGAAAUAUUUAAAUAUUUGUGAUAUAACCUCCUCCUUUUCAAUAAAUACACAGUGACCGUAACAUACAUAUUUCGCAAAAUUAAUUGUUGUUUCCAUCUAGUGAGAAUGGUGACCCUAAUUUGGAGAUGGAACAAAAAAGGAAAAUAAUUUUUUAAUCUGUUGCCAUCAAAGUAGAUACGUUUAUCUGCACAGCAGUCGAAAAUUAAGUAACCGGGUAAAAGCAUCUCCCUUAACUUCCAAACUUGUAGCAUUUUAAACAUUUAAUUUUUAAAUAAAAUAUAACGUAUAAUAAAUACUGUAUUGAAUUAUUUUAUUUUCUCGCAACCGUAGGGAAAAGUAUAGUGUAACACGCGGGGCUAACUAAACCCAUUAUAAACUCGGUUUCUAUUUAGCGGUCCUCGUCUUACGGCUCGUGCCCUAAAAAUUCCUCGUAAAUAAUGGGUCUUUUUAGCCCCCUGUAUAUUUUAUUUUUUGGAACAACCAGAAAGU